AUGGAUGAGGCGGCCGAGGUUCAGGAAAACGUUGCAGCUGACGUUAGUACAUUACGGGAGUCGUCACAAUGUGCCGGAGUAUCUCUUCUGGAUAUGGGCAGCAUCUCCUUCGACAGUUUUCUAGCCAGUUCUGCCACUCUUAUCCCGCAGUUUAUCUUCGACAGCAUCGACGUCAUGCAGCACGACAAAAGGCUGGCGACGUCGACGUCGUGCGAAUCCAGCAGCACCGACAGCUGCUCCUCUCCAUCCGAGGUCUCACACAACACUUUGCAGAUGACGACAAGUCCGGAACAAAUAUCUCCUUCAAAACAGAUCCUUGAGCUCAUAUGCGGAAUAGAUGUAGCAGGCCAUUGUGAAAAAUCAGACACAGAACCUGAUGACAAUCGACAGACACAUAGCCAACGUGUCAUAACUGCAGAGUUCUCUGACAGCAUUCUCUCUUCCCCCGAUAACGCGUCCGUCUCGGAUAGCCCAGGAUCAAUGAAUACUGCUUAUUACGAGUCUCCAGAUCCAUCCGGCAACGACAACUUGACGUCUGUCAUCGCCAGCAAUCCCGGUUACAACACUGCAGUGAAAACACCUCCAUUUAUAGUCCACGAAGAAUGUUCAGUGGAAUCUAUAUCGUCUCUGGGCAGUCAUCUAGAACAUAAAACAGCCAUAUCCAACCAAGAAACAUCUUCAGCAGAAUGUCUACUUUUUUAA